GGCAGAACUGCUGUGUGACGUGGCCUCAGUGUGGAUCUGGUCGCCAGGAAGCAUUGGGGCUGGUAACUGUCACCUGGGACAGCGCCUGGCACCUGGAGCAGAUAGCAUUGGCUGUGGCCCCGCCCUGACCCUGAAAAGGAGUGGGAAAGCUCCAGAAGACAUUCUGAGUGACCUCCCUCCAUGUGUGCACUUGCACGGGUAUGUCCAGGCCCACCUCCCCAGCACUGCCCCUCCCCAGAUGCAGACUCUCAUCAGGGAGGAAAGGAUGCCAGUUGCACGAGGGAAGUCCAAAGCCAAGGUGCCAGUGACAUUUGGGGAUUUGGCCAUCUACUUUUCCCAGGAGGAGUGGGAAUGGCUGAGCCCCACUCAGAAGGAUUUGUACAAAGAUGUCAUGUUGGACAACUACCAGAGCCUACUCUCUCUUGGACUUUCCUGUCGGAGGCCAAAUGUGAUCACCUUAUUGGAAGAAGGGGAAGCACCCUGGUUGGUGGAACCAGUGAGAAGACGCCGGGGCCUGGACUCAGGGUCUAAAUGUGAAACCAAGAAGUUACCUUCAAAUCAUUGCAACAAAUCUGGGCAAAGCAAAUAUCAGAAACCAGUUUCUGUACUACAGAAAGGUCCCACAGGAAAAAGAGGCUGCAAGAAAAAUUCAGUCCUAAUAAAACCCAAAAAAGUGCAUUCAAGGAAGAAGUCUUUAAAAUGUAAUGACAGUGGGAAAACCUUUAAUCAAAGCUGAUCUCUUAGACUUCAUCAGAACUCUCAUACUGAAGAGAAGCCUUAUGAAUGUAGUAAUUGUAGAAAAGCUUUUAAACAAGUCUCAACCUUAAUUCUUCAUCAGAGAAUUCACAAUGGAAGGAAAAGCCAUGAAUGUGAUAAAUGUGGGAAAAGCUUCAUUCAAAGAACAACCCUUGUUAUACAUGAGAAAAUUCAUGAUGGACAGGAAACCUUUGACUGUGAGAAGGCCUUGAAUCAAUGCUCAUCUCUCAGCAUACAUCAGAAAAUUCACUUUGUUGAGAAUGCUUACCAUUGCAGAAGGUGUGGGAAAGUCUUCAUUCGAAUGUCGUCCCUUUUACUCCAUAAGAAAAUUCACACUAGAAAGAAAAUACAUGAAUGCAAUAAAUGUGAGAGAGGCUUCACUAAGAAAUCAGUCCUUGUUUUACAUAAAAUAACUCAUACUAAAGAGAAAACCCAUCCAAGUCAGAAGGCCUUAAGUCAGCAGAAAAGGCACCAUUUAGAGAAUCCUUAUAAAUGCAGAAAAUGUGGGAAAUUCUUUAAUAGGAUUUCGUCCAUUAUUCUUCAUCAGAGAAUUCACACCUCAGAGAAACUCUACAAGUGUGACAAAUGUGAGAAGGUCUUCAGGCAGCUUUCAACCCUUAUUCUACACCUAAGAAUUCACAAUGGAGAGAAACUAUACAAAUGCAAUAAAUGUGAGAAGGUCUGUAAUCGGCAUUCAACCCUUAUUCAACAUCAGAAAGUUCAUACAAAGAAAAAGAAAUUGUUUGAAUAUAAGGAAUGUGGGAAGAUGUUUUCUGGAACUGCCAACCUUAAAAUACAUCAGAACGUUCAUUCUGAAGAGAAACCUUUUAAAUGCAAUAAAUGUAGUAAAGUUUUGGGCCGCCAAUCAUUUCUGAUUGAGCAUCAGAGAAUUCAUACUGGAGAAAAACCCUAUCAGUGUGAGGAAUGUGGGAAAGCCUUCAGUCAUCGAAUAUCUCUUACUCGACAUAAGAGAAUCCAUACUGAAGACAGACCAUAUGAAUGUGAUCAGUGUGGGAAGGCCUUCAGUCAGAGUGCGCACCUCGCCCAACAUGAAAGAAACACUGGAGAGAAGCCAUAUACAUGCAAAACAUGCGGGAAGGCCUUUAGUCAACGCACGUCCCUUAUUCUACAUGAAAGAAGUCAUACUGGAGAGAAACCCUAUGAAUGUAGUGAGUGUGGGAAGGCAUUUAGCAGUGGCUCGGAUCUUAUCCGGCACCAGAGGAGUCAUUCUUCAGAGAAACCAUAUGAAUGUAGUAAAUGUGGGAAGGCAUAUAGUCGGAGCUCAUCCCUGAUUCGACAUCAGAGAACACAUUCUGAAGGAAAAAGCCUAAAGUUGUUAUAAAAACAAAGACUGAGGCUUUGAAAGUAGGGAUAGAGGCAUGGCAAAAAUGCAUUUGUCUCUAACAUAAAUUUUGUAAAGAUGGGACCAUUUGAUGAUGUGUCCCACUUUGAAAGCCAAAGAGCAAAAGUCCUUGGUGACUUUUGACCUGAGAAUUUCAAAUCAACUGAGGUAGUGACCUUAUCAUACGUCUUAAUCAAGCUCAGAUGAUUGGAUCAGUCACUUUUACUGAAGACCAUCCUUCAUUUGAUAAGAAUGACUGAUUUUAUUUUCAAUGUAGUUUUAGAGCUAGUUCAUUGGUUACAUACAACGAAGUCCGUUUUUGUGGAUGGGGCUUUGAGCCUGAUGUAACAUCACAUGAAAAGUUUGAGUUUGUCCCUUUCAACUAGAACUAUCUCACAUAAGGGACUUCCUGGAAAACCAGGGUGCCACUUCUAGCUGACAAAAAUUUGUGGGUGAGAAUUAUCGACUGGAUAAAAUAAAUUUUCAGGUAGUCCACCAAAAAGGGUUUAUUCAGGAAAAGGAAAAAGCAAAAUCACCACAGCAGUGUGGGACUGCGUACCUCCGGCUGCCUGGCCAGCCAUGUGCAGAAACAGCCCUAUGCCAAGAUGGCCCCUAUAUAUAUACACCCCCCACCCCACCCCCGCAGGAAGUUAGAACCAUAAAGUUUAACAGGAAGUCAGGACUAGGAAGUAACAGGAAGCUCAGCUCCAUUCAUAGACCUCCGAGCUCCCAGGUGAGUUUUUCUUAGUGCCAGUUCGCUUUUAUCAUUCCCCCUUUUGAUCAAGCACUUUUCUCUGAAAGCAUCGUUGAUCAACAGUCUGGUCUUCUGGUCUCAGGUUUUCCAGUCCUCAGGCUUUUGUCCCUCAAUGUCAGGAAGGACCUCCUCUGGUGUCAUCUCUUAACAUCAAGGGGAGCGUGUAUGGAUCAAGAACAGCUGGUAUCCAGGGUUGACAGGCAUUAGGAGCAGAGCUUAAAAAAAAACACCUAGCUUAUAUGGUAGGUGUAAACCAGGAGCUCAAACUAGAUAAUGAGACAAAGACCAUUAUUAUCUUAAAUAGAUCAAAAUUCUUGAUAGAUUGAACAACCAGAAAGAUUUGGUAACUCAUCUCUUUAGAGAGGUCACCUGCUUUAAGUUUUGACAACUUUAGUUUCAGGUCACCAGACUAUGUGCAGUUCCAGUCAGGGUUUGGUGCCUCCUUUAGGUGUGACGUGUAUCCAGGAGUCUACUCCCUGCAGUUUAGUGGCACAGGGGUUAGUCAACAGUACGUGGUAAGAGCCCUUUUAGUGUGGCUGGAGGGAAUGUUUUUUGAGGUGUCUUUCCCAGUAAAUGAAAUCUCCAGGUAGUAGAGUAUGAAUUUUUAGUUUUUCAUUUCCCUAGAGUGGACAGUGAAAUGAUUGUUCUACUAAAGCAUGAUUAUUGUCAAUAGAAGCAGUGAAACCUUUACAAUAUUGAAGUAUGUCUCCUUUCACCAACAGUGGAUCAGGAGGCAGGAGCCAAAUGCGUGGGACAUCCUGUAAUUAUCUUGAAAGGUGAAAGCUUGUGAGUCCCAAAGGGGUAGAUCUGAGAUUUAAAAGGACUAAUGGCUCUGCUUUUGGCCAAGGUGUUUGAAGAGUUUCUACACAUUUUGCCACUUGAGUCUUAAUAAUGCCAUUAGUGCGUUGAAUCAAUCCUGAAGAUCGAGGAUGGUAAGCAUAGUGAAAAUGUAGAAGUGGCCAAAUAGCACAGACUUGCUUUAGCACCUGACAAGUGAAAUGGGUUCCUCGAUCACUGUGUAGUUUGAGAGGAAUUCCCCAAGUAGGAAUAAUCUCUAACAAUAUUUUAGCCACUCCAGAUGCAUUAGCUUGUCUGCAAGGGAAAGCUUCAGUCCAGUGAGAAAACACAUGACUAAAACAUACUUGUAUCCAUGAAAUGGGGGAAGCUGUAAGAAGUCUAGUUGCCAGACCUCAAAUGGUCCAUUUGACAACAUGUCCAGGGGCAGUGUGAAUAGGCUUCCCUGAGUUAUACUUGGACAGGUGGGACACCUAAGGUAGGCACUUUUUGCAGCCUUAUUAAUAUUUCCCCACAAGUAUUGGUGCAUGAAUGCUACCACUUUGUCCGUAGAUCAAUGAUUCAACGCAUGUGGUUAGGAGUGGGAAUUUGGAGUUUCUCUUAGGACUGGAUUGUUAUUUGGUCUGAACCAGUGUCUUCUCCUUAUCAAACCAGCAAUUGUUGGAUUUCCAGUUAUGUUUUUCUAAGUUGUCAACUCGAAAAGCUUCUCUUUGGACCAUGACAUAGGUUUGACUGUCACUGACACCUUUUAGGGCAGUAUUUUUAGCAUAAAUGUCAGCAAGGUGAUUUCCUUUAGCUUCCAGGGAAUCAAGUUUAGAAUAUCCUAGAAUCUUAAUAAUAGCUAAAGCAUCAGGGAAAACCAUAGCAUCCAAUAAUUCCCAUGCAUAUGGACUAUUUUUAAUUUUAUCUCCAUUGGAGUUAAGGAAACCACAAUGUUUCCAUAGCCUUCCAAAGUCGUGAGCCACCUCAAAAGCAUACCUAUUGUCAAUAUAAAUGUUGACAGUGUUACCCUUUGCUAAAAUGCAAGCUCGAGUAAGGGCAUAUAAUGCAGCCUGCUGUGCUGAAGUGGCCAGAGACAAAGGCACUGCCUCGAUGACUUCAGAAGGGACUACAACAGCAUAACCACCACGAUACCAUUGUCCUUUUUUAAGUAUAGACCAUCUGUAUUCCAUGAAAGAUCUGCUUCACCUAGAGGAGUCGUCUGUAAGUCAUCAUGAGGAGUCAGGAGGUGAUCUGUCAGUAUCAGUCAUGAGGGGCUUCCUGAGUCUCAGAAUGGAGAAAAGUAGCUAGAUUAAGGAUAUUACAAUGUUAAAGGGUUAAAUGGAAGCAGUUAACAAGGAUUUCUAGGAAGUAAGAUCACACUGGGUGUACUGAAAACUCAGGAGAGUUUCUACUACAUGAGGCACAAAGAUGGUUAGAGGGGAUCUCACAACAAUUUUCUCUGUGACCUUAACCAGGAGGGCAGUAGCAGCAACAGCUCUGAGGAAAGGGAAGUAUCCCUAAGCCUCAGGUUCAUUCCAAGGGCUGUAGUAUCCUUGGGAUCUAUAUUGGUCUCCAUGUUUUUGAGUAAGCACCCCAAGGGCAUUUCCUUCCUUUUCAUGCACAAAAAAGAAGAAGGGAAUCUGGCAGUUAGGAUGCCCAAGAGAAGGCGGGUUUAUGAAACUCUCCUUCAAGGCCUGAAAGACCAUGUCAUCCUGUUCUUCGCAUGAAAUCGGAUCAGGACUGUCAUUCCUUAAUAGGACACAUAGAGGUUUUGCCAUAAGAGAGUUUUGGGAUCCAUUUCCAGCAAUAGCCGACUAGUCCAAGAAAGCUCACAAUUGGUGCUAAGUUUAGGGCCUUGGGAAACUUAGGACAACAUGGAGCCUGUCUGUAUCUAGUUGUAGACCUUGUUCAGAUGUCCCAAGUAUCGAACCUGAGUUUCAGCAAAUUGUAAUUUUUCUUUAGAGACCUUAUGUCCCCAAAGUGUCAACAGAUGGAUGCUAUCAUCCUGUGAGGAAACCUGAGGAAAGCAAAAGUAAAUCAUCCACAUAUUGUAACAAGGUGGAACCUUUAGGGAAAACAUUGUCCAAAUCAGUCUUCAGAAUUUGCAAAAUAAGAAAGGCUGUCAGUAAAUCCCUGAGACAUUACUGUCCAGGUAAAUUGCUUUCCUUCCCAAGUGAAAGCAAAAAGGUAUUGGCCAGCUUCAUCAACUGGGAUGCUAAAGAAUGCACGGUAUAAAUCAAUUACUGAAAAGAAUUUACUUCCAGUUGGAAUGGAUGCCAGCAGUGUAUGAGGGUCAGGAAUGGCAGAGUGUCUAGGGAUAACAAUGUGGUUUAUUGCUCGGAGAUCCUGGACAAACCUUCAUCCUCAUCCCUUUGGCUUUCUCACAGGUAGACUAGGAGUGUUACAAGGACUAGUGCAAGGAAUAAUAAGACCCUGAGUUAUGUAAUCUUGUAUUAUGGGCUUUAUACCUUGGAAGGCCUCCUUACUUAUAGGAUAUUAAUUCUAGGCAGAGGUUUUGAAGGAUCAAUUUGAACCUUGACAGAAGGUGCACUGUAAAUUCUACCAAUAUUAGUUGAAGAUUUUACCCAUAAAAAUGAUGGUAGUUGGUCCAAUAGGGACCAUCUAUCAGUGCUUUCAGAUUCAGUUACUGUACCAUCAGAGACAGCACAAAAGAUGCUGAAGUCAUGCAAUUCACGUGAUUGGUGAUUCUGAUGGUUACCAUCAAACUCUAUUUCUCCCUUUUGAGAAAAGGAUAGUCAGGCAUACUUCUCUAAGAAGUCUCUGUCUAAUAAAUGGGUAGGGACAGAAGGGAAGAAAACAGUGUUUAUCUCUUAAGGGGCCUAGAUGAAAGGGAAUAGGUUCGGAUAAACCCCACUAUUUUUUUAUUUGAAAUCCCCACUAUAUGAAAUGUCUCAUUACUCUGAGGCAGGGACCAGUUUAUAACUGUGGAGUUGAGCACCAAGAGUGUAGCACUGGUGUCAAUUUGAACAGAAGUACCGUAUUUCCCCAUGUAUAAGAUGCACUUUUUUUUGAAAAAUUUGGGGUCUAAAAACUAGGUGCG